AUUUCAUUUCGGCUGCUCAUUAUUAUAUUACUCUAUCUUUUUUUUAAAGAAGAAAAUAUUCGAGCGCCCUAAUUAUUGUCAAUCGAUCAUCAUGUCUGCAACUGCAUUAUUUGGGAAUACUUCGGGACUUGGAGGGAGUUCUGGAGGAAAUAAGCAUAUAGUUGAAUUUCGAGCUGGAAGAAUGACUCUUAAAGGUCGCAUGGUUCACCCGGAUAAAAGGAAAGGUCUUUUGUAUGUAUAUCAAGGAGAGGACUCAUUGAUGCACUUUUGUUGGAAAGAUCGAACAACUGGAGAGGUGGAAGAUGAUCUUCUAAUUUUUCCCGAUGACUGUGAAUUUGUACGUGUAAAUGAGUGUACUACAGGAAGAGUAUAUGUAUUGAAGUUCAAGUCAUUUUCGAAGAAGUAUUUCUUCUGGAUGCAGGAGCCGAAAACCGAUAAAGAUGAUGACUACUGUCGCCGCAUUAAUGAGGCUCUUAAUAACCCUCCAACAUCAGGAGGGCGUGGUGGUAGCAGUGGGGGGCAAGAUGGAGAGCUACAGAACUUGUUGAAUAACAUGUCACAGCAACAACUGAUGCAAUUAUUUGGAGGUGUCGGUCAGAUUGGUGGAUUGUCUUCACUGCUCGGCACGAUGGGGUAAGAGAAAAACAAUACAGCUUCUUCAUUAAACAAUGGGGCUAUUAACAACAGCGGCGGCGGCCGCACGUCCGGAGGAAGCUCGCGCGGGGGUAGCGCGCCGCGCACCACGAGCGCGGAGAGCGCUCGCACGCCCGCCCGCCCCCGGCACGCGCCCGCCGCCACGCCGCCCAGCGCCGCCACCACGCCCGCCGCCGCCAGUGCCGCGCCCGCGCCCGCUCCCGCUGCCGCUGCCGCCCCCUCCGCUGCCGCGGGCGGGCAGAUCUUCCUGUCGGACCUGCAGCGCUACUUCUCGGGGCUGGGCACGGCGCCGCCGGCGGGCCCGGGCGCGGCGCGCGUGGAGCUGGGCGCCGCGCUGGCCGCGCCCGACGUGCUGGCGGCGGCCAGCGAGCCGGCGCACGCGCAGCGCCUGGCGCCGCACCUGCCGCCCGCGCCCGCGCCCGCGCCGCCCGACGAUGUAAGGACCACCCUGCUCUCACCGCAGUUCGCCCAGGCUGCUAAUCAAUUUUCAUCGGCAUUGACUUCUGGACAAAUGGGUCCUGUGAUGUCACAAUUUGGCUUGCCAGCUGAUGUUACUUCAGCUGCAAACACUGGUGACAUGCAAGCGUUUUUCAAAGCGUUGGAGAGCGCGUCUGGUUCGGAGAGCAACAAGUCUCAAGAAAGUGAUAAGAAGAAAGAUAAACCACAAGGUGAUAAGAAUGACAAGAAAGAUGGAGAUGCUGGAAUGUCUAUGGAGUAAUACUAAAUUAUCAUACAUUUUUAGUUGAGACCCAUUGGGUAUAGUACUGGUAUGAUUUCAUAAUUGUACAGCAUGACCAUUACUAUGAAAGUUAAAAUAUACUAAUUGCAUUUUAACCAUUUACUUCAAAAUAUUAAUAUAAUAUACAAAUGAUGUACACAAUUUUAAAUGUUGCGUGCAAAAUUAUAUAACCAAAACGUUUUUCUGUCGUAGUGAGAUAUAUAAUUAUGUAUUUCAAACAGAAUAUAAUCAAUGUGAGGUAAUGUACAUUCUAUGGAAAUUUUUCUUCCUACAAUAAAAUAAAGAUUAUGUAAAAUGAAA